UCUCUUCCCUACAACAAACAUGGCCGCGAAAUCUGAUGGUGCACCCGUCUCUCUACGAAACGAAAUCCCACCCGAGUGUCCCCCUAGGUCGGACCCGCGGCCUCCACAGCGCCUUCCAGCCGAGCAGCGCUACUCCCUCCCGGACUGCUGCUGGACGCUGUGCGCCCUUUUGGUCUUCUUCUCGGACGGGGCCUCAGACCUGUGGCUGGCCGCGGACUACUACCUAAGGAGUGACUACUGGUACUUUGCACUGACUCUGGUCUUUGUGAUAGUCCCGUCCUUGGUGGUGCAGGUGUUGAGCUUCCGAUGGUUCGCCUACGAUUUCUCGGAGACCGUGGAGAGCGGCUCGGCUGCCGCUGCUGCGGUGGUCGCGGCAUCGGGCGCGGAGGAGAGCGACUUCAGCACCAAGGACAGCGGCGAGCGGGGCGCUGGCCGCACCGCCGCGGCCGGGGUGCUGCCUGGGCCGGGCACCGGGGGAGGAGCCCUGGGCUGCUGCAGGGUCCUCAUCUGGCUCCUCCAGGCUAUCAUUCACAUUUUUCAGUUGGCACAGGUCUGGAGGUAUGUCCAUGCCCUCUAUCUGGGUGUGCAGAGCCGCUGGCACCGAGACUCAGAGCGCCGUCACUACUACUGGCGUAUGAUGUUUGAGAGUGCUGAUAUCAGCAUGCUGCGUCUGCUGGAGUCCUUCCUGAAGAGUGCCCCUCAGCUGGUGCUUCAGCUCAGCAUCAUGAUCCAGGCCAAACAGGUGCUGCCCCUCCAGGGCCUUUCAGCUUCUGCCUCGCUGAUCUCCCUCGCCUGGAUGAUUGCCUCCUAUCAGAAAGUCCUGAGGGACUCCCGGGAUGAUAAGCUUCCGAUGACCUACAAGGCCGUCAUAAUUCAGAUUCUGUGGCACCUCUUCACCAUCGGGGCCCGCACUCUGGCCUUCGCCCUGUUUGCCUCCGUGUUCCAGCUCUACUUUGGCAUCUUCAUCGUAGCUCACUGGUGCAUCAUGACAUUUUGGAUCAUUCAGGGCGAAACAGACUUCUGCAUGUCCAAAUGGGAGGAGAUCAUCUACAACAUGAUGGUGGGCAUCGUGUAUGUGUUCUGCUGGUUUAGUGUGAGAGAGGGCCGCACUCGCUGCAGGAUGCUCAUCUACAGCCUGACUGUGUUUGUUGAGAAUGUGGCGCUCACCACGGCCUGGUACGUGUACCGCGACCAUCGUACCUCAGACUUCUAUGCCGUCAUCAUGGUGUGUGUGGUGGCCAGCAGCUACGCUCUGGGCACCUUCUUCAUGUUUGUGUACUACUGUCUGCUACACCCUGACGGCCCAGUCUCAGGGUGGGGCUACAUUGUGGAGAAGGAGGUGCCUGUGGAGGCUCUGGUCUCCCCAGCUACCAGCCUCCCUCCUGAUGUGGUGUCUAGUCCCCCCAGGACCCUUCAGAGAACUAAAGGGUCUGAGCAGGGUCCAGGGGUGGAUGGGGAUGUAUUUCAGGUACGACCCCCUCGGGGAGCUCAGGCCCCAGUGAAAAAUCUGACACCCAGGACUGAGGGGCCGGUCAUUCGAAUAGACCUACCCAGGAAGAAGUACCCCGCCUGGGAUGCUCACUUCAUCGACCGCAGGCUGCGUAAAACCAUCCUGGUGCUCGAAAGCGCCGCCCCGGUCACGCCAAGAAUUCAGUACCGCUGUCUGGGCACACCCAAAGAGGUGAUGGAGUACGAAACCACUGUGUGAUGCGCUGACGGUGCUGUGACUCAGCUCCCUGCAGUGUGGACACCCUGCCUGAAAUAAAAUGGGCAGGUGGAGGACUCCCACCCGGCGGUCUGUUUCAGCUCCACGCCCGCUUGAUUGCUCUCUGUACUCUGAUGCAGCGGAGACAGACAGGCAGAGAGAGGGACAGAGUGUGGUGUCUUUAUUUUUUACAAAAGGCAAAGUGCUGUGAUGUUGUCUAAUGAUGGUGCAUAUUUGGGUUUCUGUAUCAUUUCUCAGGUCAGGUUGUGGUACAGGAGGAGGUUGGCGGCAAAGCGUGCUGCUGUGUGAAUUUUAGAGAGAAGCACAGAAAGGCAGACAAAGUAGAGCUGCACGAUUAUCAAUCAGAGGCACAAAGUCCUCCUCAGUGACGGUGCUUCAGCACAACCUCUGAAGGCGGUCGGCCACAGAGACAAGCCCUCAACAUGCAUGAUUACUUAUGGCAGCUAGAACCAACACGCCAUCAAACAGGUUGUAGAAUAGUAAGAGGCUUUUAAAGAUCUCACUGUCAUUCAACACUUCUACAGUAAAUAUAGUACAGGUACUGAGGAUCACAAUCAUCAUUUUCCAUAGAUAUUCACUCAUGUUGAAGGAGUCUCUGAGAAUGCUGCUUCAGGUCUAAAUGGUGGUUCAAAAGCAACAUUUGAGUUGAAUGUAGAAACUGUUGAAAAUGUGAUUAUUUGUGACAAGGCUUCAAGCAUUUUCACCCAGUUAGUGGGGUUUGCAACAUUCUUGUGCUACUAUUCCUUUGUAGGUAAGCUAGAACAAAAAACAAAAAAGACAUUGUGUGUGUUUACAAGCAGUCUGUUGUUUUUGGGAACAUGAGUUCACUAUCAAACAAAUGCACCUUCAUCAGAAUGUGUAUGAGCUGAGAAAUGGCUACAUUAUUAUUUCUUCUCUGUUUCCAGGAAGAACUCUACUGAUAGGACUGUAAACAGUUGUAUUUUCAUACUGCAUCCAUCUUUCAUGGUAAAUGAAACAGGGCAGACUUUAAUUUUCAUGUAAAUUAAAACUGUACAAUUAAGAGUGAUUUACAGAGGACAGCACUGUCUGUAAUUGUACUGUGUCCAUACUAUGUUGUCUGAAAAAUGUAAAGAAAAAAAGGAUUAGCUGCAGACUCCAGACUCCAAACAGACUAGCUUUGACAUCAUUGAUGGUUCAGGCAUGUGUUAUGUUGGUAACACUUUGAAUUACAGGUCUGUUACUUUCUUACAGUUUUUUUCAAAACUCACUUUAAAAUUAAUAUUUAAAUCCCUCUGAGGAGUUUGUGUGAUUAUAAAACAGACUAAAAUCAGCAGUGGUGCCUCUGUAUGACCUACAAAGGAAACUGUCUGCUCAACUGUAAUAUUUAAAGCCUGUUACUGCUGCGAGGGGGUAGGCGUCAGACUGGAUGAUUGACAGCAUGCUGAAGAAACAGCUUUUUUUAACUUGAGUGGUGACGUACUGUAUUUGACUGUUAAAAGACAGCAGGAUGUAUUUUUUAUACACAACAAGAUCAGCAAAAAGAUGAAAGGUAUCAUUUUAUCCAAAGGGGGCGCCAAAACCAACACAGACAGAGCUCCUCACAUGAGCUUUAAAUUGAUACAAAUUUAUAAAACAAAAACAGAUAAAGUUCAUGUUUAGCUUCACAAUACCGCUUUGAUUUACAGGUUGUUAUUAUUUCAUCAUUUAUUUUAACAAAAGAAAUAAUUGACUCAUAAUAUCUUUUUUUUGCAGAUGUAUAUUUUGAACCGCAUAAUUCAUGCUCUUGGAAAAAUUUCAACUUUGUGCAUACAUUUUAUUCGGUGGUUUAUUUAUUGAACAGUUUCUAUAUUUUAAAAACAAGAGUCAAAUGCUGUAGAAUUAAGAGACCUGUAAAUUGAGUGUUACCUUCUUUGAUCAGGGUUGCUUUUCUACAGAAUACUCUCAAAAGGGAAAUUUCUUGACUGUGUGUGUUUGUGUUUGUGUGUAUGUGCGUGUGAGCUCACACAAGCAUGUGUAUGGGUGUAUGUUUAGGAGGAGGGGGGAGUCCUGCCAUGUGCAUUUAAGUUAUUUUGGCAUUUUGUCACUGAGAUCUGACAGUUUUGUUGUAAACACUGUCCAGUCUGCUUGUUAUUUUGUCUCCAGAUGACACUGAAAUAAACAACAGCCCACAGAGCACCUUUACCAUACAAAGCCAUACAGGCUUCAACUAUGGUGCUAACGGUUUGAAUCCAUCACAUAACAACCACGCAGUGUACCAUGAAAUGGGCGUGUUGUGGAAGGGGCUGGGCGAGGCUGUACCUCAGACACAAAGCUAGAAUCUAAAAGCCUUAAACUGGUCAUACCAGACUGUUGCUGUUCAGAGGAAGAGAAAGGAUUAAUGUGAAAGUGAAGACAAUUUCAUUAUGUUGUUGUUGCUAAAAUAAAGAGCAAUGUGUUUACCUGA